ACCAUUAUCUUUUAAUACAAUGUGGUAUGUUCAUAUUACCUUCCUCCUCGGCAAUGCACUGAUGUGGUUCUUCUUCUUAAGAGCUUCGAUAAUGAGUCCAGGUUUCCUUCCUCAAGACACAGAUGAAUAUUUCAAGGUCAUGAGACAGGUGGAUUCUCUUCAUUGUUGGGAAGAGGGUGAACUCUUGUGGAGCAGACUGUGUCACAGAUGCCAUCUUGUGAAGCCUCUCCGAGCAAAACACUGUCAUAUUGUCAACCGCUGUGUGGCUGGCUUUGAUCAUUACUGCCCUUUUAUCUACAACAAUGUGGGAUACAGGAACAGGCCAUAUUUUGUAGGUUUCCUCGCUACUAUGUGCCUGAACUCUCUAGCUGGGAUAAAUCUGUGCUGGAACUGGUUUCAUGUCAUGGGACGUAGCAUUUUCAUUGGGACUGGAUUUCUCUUUCUUUGCAUCAUUGCAGCGAUUUCAGCAAUCAUGACAUCCAUGUGUGUUUAUAUGGCUGCAGUCAACUUAACUACCACAGAGUGUCUGAAACCUGCUAAAUGUACUUAUCUUCUGAACAAUCAAGGACAAUUCUUCAAUCCGUUUGAUAGAGGAAUUAUACUGAACAUCAUGGAAUUCCUCAACGUCAUCAAGCCUCUAACUGAGAAUGGACCGAAAAGAGCGGAGAUGACAUCAGUCUGAGAACAAAGGACUUAUCUGCAAUACCAGGACAUUCAGAUGUAUCUCACUUGCUCCUUUACUAAUGAAACUGUUGGUAUUUGGUGUGAGCCAUUUUGGAGGAUACCCUGUCUUCAGUAAAUGAGGGGGAAAUUAUGAGCAUUUUUUUUAUUGUUAAUUGCCAUCAAGACAAGUUUGAUGUAUGGUGACCCUGUGAUUGAGAGACCCACAAGUCACGCUGCUAUAAGAUUUUGCAAAUUCAGGGCUGCAGCUUUUUUGAUCGAGUCCAUCCAUCUGUAAAGUUAUUUCCUUCUUUUCCUACUGCCUUCUAUGGCCCCAUCUACACUGCCAUAUAA